AUGUCCAGCCCAACUGUCUUUGCGAAGCACUUCUCCCGCGUCGAAUACACCAUAUGGCGAGAAUGGCAGUGGAGGUUUGCUGCGCUGAACAUGCCAUACGGCGUGAACGGCAGUCAAAGGGAUAGCCGAACAGGGACUUUCACAAAGCUUCUCACAACAGUCACUGACUCUUGCCUGCGCCUGUCAGAGACGCUCAUGAAUCAAUUCCAUAGACAACUUGUGUUCGAAGAUACCAAACCCACGAUGCUGAUUGAAGUUUAUGGACAAAAGAAGGGAAAUAAUGAAAUCAAAUUCCCCAGUAAGGACAGCAAGACGUAUUUGAAGUUGCCAAGAACGUUCGAAAGCGACCUCCAAGGGGACAAUUACUCCUAUGUUGGGGUUUUAUAUGACAUUCGGGAGAUAAACGAACUGUUGCCUGGACACCAAAACGCGUUUGGAGAAGAGAAGACCGUGAAUUCGAAAAUUGUUAGCUUCGCAAUUAAAGUCAACGAGACCUUCAACUUGAGGAAUCCCGUCACUCUCAUACUGGAAAAUACGGAUCCGCCCCAAGACCCACCGUAUAAGGAAAUAUGGAGAUAUCUUCAUGAGGGAGAACAACCAACAUUUGUUCCCCUAAGUCAACGCUGCAGCUUUUGGAACUUUUCUGAACAAGGCAGGGAUCAAUGGGACACGAGAGGCUGUCGUGAAGUGUCAUCUAGCAGGGAUCAGACGGUGUGUGAAUGCAGCCAUCUCACCAAUUUCGGAGUUCUCAUGGACCUCCAUGGAUAUGUCAUAGGUUGCACCAUCUCAGGGAUCUUUCUCCACUUCAUAUUCCUAUGUGCCUUCAUGUGGAUGGCCAUGGAGGGUCUUUUCAUCUAUCGUCAACUUGUCCUGGUAUUUCCAAGCAGUUCCAAUCUCUCCACUCGGGCGUAUUUCAUCAUCGGUUACGGGGUUCCUUCCGGGAUCGUCGGCAUCACUGCUGCGGUGUCAUUCGGCACUGAUUCAUGCGGAUAUGGUUCUGGAGAAUUGUGA